GCUAUUUUUCCUAAUACACAUCAUUUCUUCACAUUUACUUACUACUCAUUUAUUCCGCAUUUAGAAGUUGGUAAAAAAAAGAACUGUCAAGCAACAACCACGCUUCCGCCAUGUAUUUAGCUGUUCAUUUGAAGGCAAUCAAAGCUUCCCACGUUUAAGUCGCAGAGUCAGACCUAUAAGGAUGGAUUUGGAAACACCUACUAAAGUCAAAUCAUCUUUAGACCUUGUGCGAGUGGACGGUCCAAAUGGCUUGCGAUUCAAUAGCUCUCUCGCGUCCGGUGACGUCACCGGGUCGCCGGCGCAGUCGCAGACCGACCGGCUACAGCAGACCAUCAACUUGAGCAAGGCUGUGUUCACAAUUGAACCGAAGUCUUCUAAAAUCCUGAUAGUGAACAACAAAGCAUGUUCACUGCUGGGCUACUCGUCUGGCGAGCUCUGUGGCCUCCGUUUCUCAGAUCUCCUGCGCAAGAGAAGCUGCAAGACGUUCAGCCUUCAAGAGCCAGAGGAAGGAGACGCAUCAGAAGACGGCACUAUUGUACUCCUAAGUGGAAAGGUUGUCGAAUUACUCUCUAAGGAUGGUAUCGGGGUUCAAGUGUCGCUAUGGAUUAGACAGCUGGACAGCGACGGACCGUGCUUGGUCGUCGCCGAACCAGUAAACUGUAAGAGUGUUAUUCUAACAGUGGAAGCGGACACCGGCCUCAUCGUGUCAGUUUACGGUGACGACGCAGCCCUGUUGUUUCAAGCGGACUGCACCGAGAAACUCGUUGGAUUGCCAAUCUCUUCUCUGAUACCGUCCAUACAACUACCCGCAAUUGACGCGCCAAUCACGAAGAACUUUUCAAAACAGAAGGCUACAGGUAGAACUUUAGAAGGCGGCUGCUUUCCCCUAUGUCUAUGGAUUUCACGUGCAGACACUGAAAACUCACCUUGGUCGUCCAUCAAGACAGCUAAAGAUAGGCAACUGUUCGAAAUUAAUGUUAGGGUUACAUACAACGUAAGCGGUCUUCUGGUAGUUGAUGAGAACGGCAUCAUCACGGCAUGUAACCACCACUUCGCCAUGCUGACAUUCGGCAAACCCCACACAGAAGUCGUCGGCCACCAUAUUGAAAAUGUCAUACAGAACUUUUGUAGGGAGUGUGAUAUGGUCAAAGUGCCGGACCGAAACAGAGAUAUGACUCUGUCGCCGGUCAACAAUGACAAUAAUGGGUCAGCUUCCGACACUGACGAAGACUCGUGCGGCGCUUUCAACGGCAGUCAGAAAUCAGCUUGUAUGUCGCUCAAUGUGCAACCGUCCAUACUUUCUACUACUAGAGAGAAAUCCUCCAGCGCACUUUGUUUAGACAAGUCCUGUUCGCUCGUCACACACACCCCCACUCCCACACAAGACAUGGUCUCGAGUAUAAGCACUACUGAACAAAGAAACGACAUAUCGGCCUUACCCGACGUCACUUCGGGAAUGUCCGGCAUUUCGAUAGAAGAAGACAACUAUUGCCACAGCAGUAUCUCAAAAUCAAGAUCGGAAAACAUACUACGAUCGGAACAAAGCAAUCCAGUUGUGAAACAAGUUAAACAAUCUGAAAAAUCCGAUUCGAUUUACUACACGUCUCAGCAUUCGCAAGAAGUCACACCGACAGGGACGACGCCAAGAGUUAGAUUAAACGAUCCAUCGUUACGAUUGUCGUUCGAUUCAAGUAAAUAUAAAUCUUUGAAGAAUAAUUUGCCGGGGCAAGUGCGGGAUGACAAGAGUAGUUUGUCGUUAGAUUUUUGUGAUUCGAACGAAACUAGCGCGGAUUUCUUGACGCCCAUCAACGAGAUGCCGCCGCCUGAUUGUGAGAUUGAGGACCUGCCAAAACAUAAUGGAAAUUGCAGUAUUAUUAGUACCGAUAACGAACUGGACACGCAAACUGAAUCGGCGCCGAGAAAGUAUUAUGAUGACGAAGCGCCCGAAACCCCGUGCGUGGCCAGUCGAUUAAUACGCAAACUUGUGACCACUUCUACCCCGCAACAAACUCGAAAUACAACCAACAAAGGCGCAGAUUGUGAAAGUACCUCGGAUUAUCCACGAGAUGGCACUUACCGGGGCGUGGUGCUGCACAGAGACGGCACAGAGCUCAGUGUGGUAUACACAGUAUCGAGCAUGCAACUGUCUCGCGGCGCUAGAGUUCGCUGCGUGUGGCUGGGCGUGUCUGUGGACGAGCCGCGCCACGCCACGCUCGCGUCCAGCGUCGCCUCCACCGACAACUCUCUGGCGCUGGGCAACAAAUCAGUGAGCAGUAGGCCUCAGUCGAUGUCGCUCAUGAGCCAGUGUGGGGAGGAACAGACGGCAGGCGAGUAUAGCAAACAUUACGUCACGCUCAAGCAAAUCGGUAAAGGCGCCUACGGCUGCGUAAAAAUGGCAUACCGUCGAUCAGAUCGGUUACUAACAGUGGCCAAGUUCAUAUUGAAGGAGAAAGUUGGCGCUCAGUUUUGGACUGACGCGCCUGAUGGCCGCAGACUGCCUUUGGAACUCAGUUUACUUCUCUCACUCAACCAUCCUAAUAUUGUAAGCGUGAUAGACGUGUACGAGAACGAGAAAUACUUCCAAAUGGUGAUGGAGAAGCACGGCGCAGGCAUGGACCUGUUCGAGUUCAUCGAACGCCGGCCGCGACUCGACGAGCCUUUGCUCAGCUAUAUCUUUAGACAGAUUGGUCAAGCGGUGGAAUACCUCCACUCACUUAACAUCCUCCACCGCGACAUAAAGGACGAGAACGUGAUCAUAGACAACCGGUUUCACGUCAAACUCAUAGACUUUGGCUCGGCAACUUUUAUGAGCAAAGACACGCUUUUUUCAACGUUUUACGGCACCACGGAAUAUUGCAGCCCUGAAGUUUUGGCUGGGAACAAAUAUGCAGGCCCCGAAUUAGAGAUGUGGUCUAUGGGAAUCACCCUGUACGUGCUUACGUUCUUCGUGAACCCUUUCUCUGACAUCGAAGACACGAUACAAGGGCCUCUUCAGCUUCCACAACUGGUCUCUGAAGAUUUGGAGCAACUGCUCCGCUGGAUGCUAUGCAAGGAGCCGCACAAUCGCUGCACGGUGCCGCAACUCAUGUCGCACCCGUGGAUUCGGCAGCCGGUCACCAUCGCCAACUAUGUGUUCCACGAGAUCGUGGACUGUGAUCGUCACGAAGCUAAUCCAGAAAUGUACUACACUGGCAGCCACGGAUCGCCGCGUAGCGGAUCUCCAGUAUCCCUCGCCAAAGAACGUUCGCACGCGUCAGAAGCGGUGGGUCGUUCUGAAGGUCGCGCGUUUUCCCGCGACGAGCGCAAGCGCAACUCCGUGCUGCACGCGCUCUCCGACAACAGGGACGCGCACUCCGACAACUACAGCCUGCGCUCUUCUGCCGAUAUCCUGGACAUAUCGUCGAAGCCGGUGUCGGACGCGGCUCUGACGGACAUCAGCUCGGACGCGACCGGGCACGCCGCCUGCGACAUCGACUACGACUGCGACCACUACGAGUGCGACAGCUGGGACGAGUGCGAGCAGGACAGCUUCUCUUAGAUAUUGUUCUCUCUCUCUUACUCUGUUAAAUCUAGUUUCGAAACCCAGUUCAAAUCAGUUUGGUCGCCGGCUCCUAAACAUGUAUUAAAUGUGACCA